UAAUUAUCACGAUACAGUUAAUUACACGGCGGAAACGGUGUCGAAGUAAACACUAAUUAACAUAAAUACGCUUACAAAUUUUCUCAAUUUUAUUUACAUUUCAAUUGUCAUGAUCUAAAGUAUCAUGCCACCAGGAAGGAGAAUACUAUCUCGUAUACAGACCAACCCUGCUUACCAAGGUGGUGCUCACAAGAGUCCCAAUUCAGGGCACUCUGAUGAUCGUGAUAACAAUAUUGUACCCCUAGCAACCAUGGCAGUGCUACCUAAGCAUGCCCACAUACCAGAGAUUCCUGGAGAUACAAAUGUGUCAUUUGAAGUGAUGCUGUACAUUUUUGGAUUCAUUGUGAUGUGUCUACAGUAUAUUAAUCUUUACAAAACUGUCUGGUGGCUUCCCCACUCACAUGCUAACUAUGCUCUUAAUUUUUACUUGAUUGACCCAUACCUAGCAAGUUUUCUUUGUGUGCUUAUGAGUAGAAGACUUAUCUGGUGUUUCGUGCAAGAGAUUUAUGGUUCUAAGACUGGUAAAGGAUUUCUAUACAUGUUGAUUCAGUUUUGUAAGAUAGUCACUGUGACGUUUGCAGUUGUUUCCCUGUUAUUCACUGGCUAUCAGGUGCUAAGGAACCAUUCUCUUCUAUACUGCCUUUUUCUGUGCUGUCCUAUUGUGACAUAUAUAUUCCUUUUUGGACCAACAGUUAAACCAUUAUAUGUCAGAUCAUUGAAUUGGCCAUCCAUCGUCACAGAAAAAUCUACACCAAAACAUAAAUCAAAUCUUGAUAAAGAUUUUGUUCUAUUCCACAACUGUGUUCUCACACCUGAUAUUAUCCGAGAGGAAGUGGAAGUCCUAAAAAUAGAUUUUAAUAACCGUGUUAAACAGAUACUAUUUAAUUCCAUGCUGACAGCUUACUAUAUGACAUUUGUACCGUUAUGCUUCGCACAGCAUAUACAGAAUAAUUGUGAGACUUGCUGGAAUACAUUAUUUUACGACAGCUGGUGGGUGGGGCAACAUGUUUUUCUGACAUGGUUGAGCGCAUUUCUGAUGCUGUGUGCACAUUUUCUACCACCUAAAUACUUGGAUCUCAUGCACAGGUGUGCACAACAUCUCGGCAGAUGGCAGAAAGUGGAAGGUCGACAUGCUCAUGUGCCAUACAACGCGUGGUCAGAGUUACAGGUGUGGCCACAAGGUGCUCUAGUCAAACAUGUACGUGGGCUGUUUAAAGCAGAGGGUAUAAACGUUACCGCUGAGCCUGGCAAUAGUAUGCAUGGCAGAUUUUAUUUUUUAUUUCAUCGACCGUUACGAGUGUUAAACUGGAUGCUCGUGUUGACGUGGAUGUUGGUUGGUUACCAGUUUUUCUGCCUGUUACAAUGUAGCGAGUGGAACCACAUUAUCUGUAUGUCUCUGGUCCUCUUCUGUAACUACUACACGUUGUUCAAGCUUCUACGAGACAGGAUAAUACUCUCUAAGACAUACAAAGAUGACGAUAGUAAUCAAAACUAACAAAUUAUAUAAAGAAUUUUUAAUCAUUUUUAUGUGAGAUCUAACCAUCGUGCAAAGAUAUAUAUAUUUAUUUGUGAUAGUAAAAAGUAUUAAAAAUAUUGGAAAUUAAA